AUGACUAGUCAAGAAUCUGGUGGUCUGAAGUCUAAUCUAGGCAUUUUCAUCGGGGGCACUAUUCGUAUUUUGUUUUGGUGGUGGCUGGCUGAGCUGAUGAUCCAUUUGAUGUAUAUGCAUGCAAUUUACAGUAGUCCUUCACAUCUGGAAGCAGUAAGCUAUUGGACCUUAGAUGGCCUAGCACUGGCUCAGGUCCUAUUUUUUUAUGUGAAAUACCUUGUUCUCUUUGGUGUUCCUGCCCUCGUCAUUCAAAUGGAUGGACUCAAGCCUCCUGCCUUGCCUCGCUGCGUGAGCACCAUGUACAGUUUUUCUGGAAUGUGGAGGAGUUUUGAUGUUGGACUGCAUCAUUUUCUUAUCAGGUAUAUUUACAUCCCAAUGGGAGGAUCUCACUGCAGCAUGUUUAAGAUGUUGUUUUCCACAGCAAUCACAUUUGCUUUUGUAAGCUAUUGGCAUGGUAGUCAUAGCUACCUUUGGUCCUGGGCUGUGCUUAAUUGGCUUGGAAUAACUGCUGAAAAUGGAGUGAAGAGGCUGGUUUCUCUUCCAGUUGUCCAUGAGUUCAUUAGCCAUGUUUUGUCGGCAAGAGCUCGUCAACGGCUUCACGCAGCUCUGGCAUCCAUUUCAACUACACUACUGAUUUUUUCCAACCUCAUCUUUCUUGGGGGAAAUGAAGUUGGGAGAAUCUACUGGAACAGGAUCUUCUGGGAAGGCUGGCCAUGGGCAACACUUUCUGUUUUUGGAUUCCUGUAUUGCUACGCUCAUGUUGGGAUCAAAUGGCAACAGAUAUACUCCAGGGAUUAGCAGUUAUCUAAAGAGAUGGGACCAAGUAACUCUGUCAUAUUCAUAUUUCCUUCCAUGUGCUACAUUCCAGGACUUCCAGAUACAAGAUACAGCUUGUUACAUAUGAAAGUUCAUGGAUUUACAAAUAUGCAUUAGCAAACAUUAAUUCAAAUUCUACAUUCUGUGAAACGCGCAAAUCUUUCAAAUGUAUUUUUCUCUCAGGAUAUUUGAAGUUGCAUACCUAAUACAGGUAUGUGCUCAGCAAAAGAGUAUAAUCCAGCCAAAGUUAAGCAUUUUAAAUCACAUGAAUUAAAAAUCACCGCUCCAGUGUACAAGGGCCAACACUGCACCCCUGUUCUAGGAAAGUCCCAGGACUAAUUAUAUGGAAGUGGAUCUUACAGUAAUGUUUGGUUUGGGAAAUUAUGGAG